GUGGGCAUAUAUUUUUAAAAAGUAAUCAUUAUCCAGAAUUGUUAUCAUACAUCGUGUGUCUAUUCUCUUGUACGGCUCGGAGAGAAUGCGGAAAUUAGGUGCGUCCUGGUCGCCAUUAGCCUCCGCUCAGUGUCACACACCGAACGCGAGGACGUCAUGGAGGCGGCGGUGGCGGUGGUGGAGGAGAAGGAGAAGGACUCUUCCGUGUAGUCGGAGUUUGUUUGGCAACAUGUAGUCGACCGUUAUGGUGGAUUAAGGCAUCAGAGGAGCUCCAGUCCCCAACACAGUAAAAAAAAAAAUGGAGGACCUCUCCCUAACGGCCCUGUUGGAAUGCCCCCAGUGUUUAGAGCGGCUGGAUGUGACAGCCAAGGUGCUUCCCUGCCAGCACACUUUCUGUAAGGCCUGUUUACAGAGGCAGGAGGCGGCACACUCGCAGCUCCUCUGCCCGGAGUGCAGAGCCCCUGUCAGGGUGAGGACGGUGGAGGAGCUUCCUGAGAACAUCCUGCUGGUGCGACUCCUGGAGGGACUACAGGGGUCAGCGGGGCAAGGCCGGAACACGCACUAUGCCGUGCCCUAUGCCAGGAGCAGCGGGAAUGUCAGGGAGGGUCAUUACAAAGAAUAUCAAGGCCACAAAGAGGUUUCUGUGAGCCCUUCAAUGCGCAGCCAACAAGGAGAUUCACCGGGAGAGCUGGUCCUCACACCCGCUAAUGGCGUCACACUGAAACACCGAACCAACGGGGACUGGCACUAUCGAUACAUCGGUGACAGUGGAGGCACAUCCAGCAGCCAGAUGCCUCAAGGCCUUCUGGCCCCCCAGCAGUCACUGGCUCUAUGCCGAGCACUGUGUGACUUUAGUCCCAGCGAGAUGAACGUGGAGAACAGCGAUUACUGUCUCAGCUUCCGCAAGGGAGACAUUCUCACUGUCAUCAAACGUGUGGAUGAUCACUGGAUUGAAGCCAAACUGGGCGAUAAAAGUGGAAUUUGUCCUCUGCAGUUUACUGAGCUAAACUCUGUAGCCGCUAAACUCCUGGAGGGAAAGAAUCCGAGAGGGAGUGAUUCGGCGGAAUAUCAUCAUCGGACCGGAAGCAGGGGCAAAGAAAAGGCCCCAGAGGCAUCCAACAGGACCGCCAACCAUCGCACCACGCACGUUCCUGCAAAGACGGCCCCCUUAAACUCUCACAAACAGCCGAGACCAAGCAGCGGCAACUUUUCCCACUCGGUCACAGGAGAGACGAGCGUCAGCGGUUUUAACCUCCAGCGACAGUCGCACCGCUCGUCCGUGCGGCCCCCCGCCCGCGGACACGCUCAUCCCUCAAGAGUUAAUUCUCAGCGAGUUCGACGGCACUCCGACGGCCCGCACAGGCACCUGUUACCGAAUGAGAAGAUGUCCAACGAGGCUCCGCCCAACAUCUCCAUGGCUCUGUUGAACCCCCAAAUGUCGUCCUCCUCAGCAGACAGCAAAAACUCCAGCACCCAGCAGCUCUCCAUCAGUGUGUGUGCUGUGCUGUACUCCUAUAAGCCGCAACGGCCGGAGGAGCUGGAGCUGAGGAAAGGCGAAAUGGUGGGAGUCUACGGGAAGUUCAAAGAAGGCUGGCUGCGUGGGUUGUCUCUCAGAACGGGCAAAGUGGGCAUCCUGCCCAGCAACUACAUCACUCCUGUGCUCAGAACUUCGGCCAGACUCGUGGAGACCAAAGCGGCGAGCUCGUCCUCACAUCACAGCACAACAGCGGGAAAGAAACCCACUGCUGCCAGAAAUCCUGCUGUGGUCCUUGCUCUGGAUAGGGUGAACAGUGAUGGAUCACAACAUUCAGCGGGACAGGUCCCACCUGGACCAAACGGAGCACAGCACGCAAUGUCAUCCGCAGGCACCGGAAAGUCAUCCUUUUACGGGAGCUCGCAAGGUUGGGAGACAGUGAGGCGGUUCUUUAACCCACAUAGAGUAUCAAACCCUUUCAACCAUUCUUCCAAUUUGAAUGUACCCUCCAACUCGGAGCAUUUUGCUCAAGUGCAAGCAUCAGGCUACUCACCCGCCAUGCAGAGAAAGAAACACGGCGGAAUUCUAACCAGCUCUGGAAGAACAGCCGGUUGGAUGACUGAGUCAACAGCGCUCUCUGCUGCCCCCCACCUGAAAGACAGGGACUUCACUUACUCACAUGAGGUGGGAGGACAUCAUCAUCAUCAGCAUCAGCAUCAGCAUCAGCAUCAGCAUCAGCAUCAGCAUCAUGAGCGACAGCCGUCCAAUGGCCCUCAGUCCAUUCUUAUCCGACCCGAUUCACACAAGAGCACUUCAGAUAAGCCUGCCAAGUCAGUGCGCUUCGUCACAGAUGAUGAUCCCCCACUUCCCCGGCUUCGGACCUCCUCGUGGUCUUCAGGAAGCCAGGUUCCCUCCAGUUUCACACCAGCGCCUCCUCCACUGGAAGUAUGGGCCCCAUCUCUCACCUUGGGAAGAGACGGACCCGGCAUCAUUCUCAAAGACGGAAAAGCUCCAACUCUCAGGAAAGGCAUGGAAACGGUACUCUCGGACCUCAACUCUAACCCGCAAAUGACGAUGCCACCGCAGUCGUCGCUAUCAGCCAUGUCGGCUCAGUUCAGCCCCACCAGACACAGAGUGACCACGACACAUCUAGCCCAGAUGGACGCCGAGCUCAGUCUGCUUCAAGGAGAACUGGUCCUGGUCCACAGACCACGACCAGACGGCCGGGUUCUGGUUACUCAGGAGAGCAGCGGCCAGACGGGCCUUUUUCAUAGUAGUAUUCUUCACGGUCUGGAAAGACUCAGUUGACUCUUAGUGGAAUGAAUAUAGUUUCUAUUUUCUGACGGUUUUAAACUUACAUGAGAUUUUCCAUGAAGGGUUUAGAUUUUGACAUGUGCUCGUAUUAAAAACGACAGAGCUAUAUUUUGUGUUUUUCAGUGUCUGAGCAUGUACUCACGUGUAGAGAAUUUGCACAAAAACACUCCAAAUGGCUGUUCCCCUCUUUCUACCCAUGUUACAUGCAGUACACUGGUGAGUGCCUUUGUCAAAACUCACACAGAUAAUACAUAUAUUAUGUAAAGUGAAAUAUCUAUACUUCUGUAACAAUAAACGGUACUUAAGACAACCAACAAUUGCGUAUCCUGC